AUGGAAUUGGAACAACCCAUGUUGAGAGAAGCUCCUGGUGCUCAAAAAGUGAACCACAAAUAUAGCAGAACAAGUAGUUCUAAGCGUCGCUUUGAAUCCUUUUGGACACUUCAAAUGGGUGUGUCAAGGAAGAACUCAACGGAGAAAAAACUAUCUUGGCUGCGUUCUCAAAUCGUUGGUGUUGAUGCUGAAGUUGAUUCUCUCUUUGGAAAAAGAAGACUCACCUAUGCUGAUCACACUGCCUCUGGCCGGUCUCUUCAAUGUAUCGAAAAUUUCAUCAACAAAAAUGUUCUUCCUUUUUACGGGAACACUCACACUAGUGACAGCUACGUGGGGCACCGGACAACAAAAAUGUUGCACGAAGCAACCAGUUACAUCAAGAAAAGCUUAGGCGGUGGACAAGAAGAUGCACUCUUGUUCUGUGGCUCGGGCACAACUGCUGCUAUCAAAAGGCUUCAUGAAGUAAUGGGAAUUGCAGUGCCAUCCAUUUUGAGAGAUAGGGUACUUAAAUGCCUUCGUAGUGAAGAAAGGUGGGUGGUUUUUGUUGGUCCUCAUGAGCACCACUCCAACCUUCUCUCAUGGCGGCAAAGCUUGGCUGAAGUAGUAGAGAUUGGUUUAGAUGACAGUGGUUUAAUAGACAUGGAAGCUCUAAAACUACAACUUGAGACUUAUAAAUAUGCCAACCGUCCAAUUUUGGGUUCUUUUUCAGCCUGUAGUAACGUGACGGGAAUUUAUUCGGAAACUCGUGCAAUUGCUAAACUUCUUCAUCAAUAUGGAGGUUUUGUAUGCUUUGAUUUUGCAGCAAGUGGCCCUUAUGUGGAGAUUGACAUGAGAUCUGGGGAGAUUGAUGGCUAUGAUGCCAUUUUUCUUAGUCCACAUAAGUUCCUUGGUGGGCCUGGAUCACCUGGCAUUCUUUUGAUGAGAAAGGUCCUCUAUCAACUGAAAUCUUCUCCACCAUCAACUUGUGGAGGUGGAACUGUUAAUUAUGUCAAUGGCUUCAAUGAAAAGGACACAAUGUAUUUGGAUGACAUAGAAGAAAGGGAAAAUGGUGGGACUCCUCAAAUAAUCCAGACAGUUAGAGCAGCAUUGGCUUUCUGGGUAAAGGAUUACAUUGGUUGCCAUGUGAUAGAAAAACAGGAGCACACCUACAUAGAGAAAGCGCUUCAAAGGCUUCUCUCGAAUCAAAAUAUACGUAUUUUAGGAAAUACAAGUGCCAAGCGCCAAGCUAUAUUGUCUUUCAUCAUUUAUAGUACUAGCAUUUCUCCUUUGGCUACCCUCAAAAAUGGGGGUAAUACAGACAUGUGGAGAGAGACAGGGAACAAGAGAGAUAAGCCUCUUCAUGGACCAUUUGUAGCAAAACUCCUCAAUGACCUGUUUGGCAUCCAGGCUCGAGGUGGGUGUGCUUGUGCUGGACCCUAUGGUCACUCUCUGCUUAACUUGGAUGCCACUUAUUCACUUGCCAUCAGAGCUGCCAUUCAAAAGGGCUAUGUUGGAGUAAAACCCGGAUGGACUAGGAUCAGCUUCCCCUACUACGUGUCCCAUGAGGAAUUUGAGUUUAUUUUAGCUGCAAUGGAAUUUUUAGCUAUUUAUGGGCAACGGUUCCUUCCUCUAUAUCACUUCAAUUUUAGAACCGGUAGCUGGACUUUUAGGAAGAAGGUAGCAAAGGAGUUACUCAGCGAGGAAAACAACUGCACUGUUCACAUCUUGCCAGUGACCACUAAACAAAUUGAGACCAUAAACAAGUUUACAGCAUAUUUGGAAGCGGCUAAGUAUAUUGCUAGUCUCCUCCCCAAGUUCCCUUCUCAGCGUAGGCUUCCAGAGGACAUAGAUAUCAACCUCCACUUCAGGGUCUAGUUAGGCAG